GAGGAAAAAGACGGAUGUAAAAGAAUGAGCAGCUCCAAGCGGCAGAGUUGCCAUGGCUACGGGGAAACGGAUGAAUGAGUGACAUCACAGCGGCGGGGAGGUGAGAGAGUGUGAAAUUGAUUUGGUGGCGGUGCACGGGGAGGCGUCUCUCGUCUUCUCGUCGGGCAGACACAUUUCUCUCUCCUCCGUACCCCGGUGUCUUCUGCGGACGCGCUCUCACCGGUUGUUUCCAGCUAUGUAAUGUCUUUCGUCAGAACAUGGAGAUAGACCAGUGUCUGCUGGAGUCUCUCCCCUUUGGCCAGCGCCAGCGGCUGGUCAGGAGGAUGCGCUGUGACCAAAUAAGGGCGUACUACGAGAGGGAAAAGAGCCUUCAGCGCCAGCAAGGUGGUAUCAAGGUUCGAGUUCCGCCCGCCCACCGCAAGAAGCACCAUGUCCGCUUCGGCCUCGCCGAUGUCCUUCAGGAUGCCAUCAUUCGCCAUGACGACAAAGAAGUGCUGCGUCUCCUGAAGGAUGGAGCAGACCCCAAUACUCCCAUUUCUUCUGGGGGAUCCUUACUACACUUGUGUGCUCGUCACGACAAUGUAUUUGCGGCGGAACUUCUGAUUGAGCGAGGCCUGAAUGUCAACCUGCAGGACGAAGACCUGUGGACAGCCCUGCAUGUAGCAUGUGUGUGUGACCAUGCAGAUGUAGUGCUGCUGCUGCUACUGGCCGGGGUAAACGUUCUGCUGCAGGACGUCAACGGAAACAUUCCUCUGGACUACGCCUCCGAAGGGACUGAGACCAGCUGUAUCCUCCGAAAACACCUGGAAGAAAAUGGUGUGGAUGUGCCAUCCAUGCACACCAUGAAGACGCAGAGACCUAGCACGAUGCUGUCUGAUGUUAGACAGCUUGUAGCUACAGGGGGAAGCCUCAACCAGCCCAAUGAUGAUGGGGUCACUCUGCUCCACAUAGCAUGUGCCAGUGGUUAUAGAGAAGUGGUGUCUGUGUUGUUGGAGAGUGGGGCGGACCCUCAUCCUGCUGACAACAACUUUUGGACCCCUCUCCACCUGGCUGCUAAAUAUGGACAGACAAGCAUCGUUAGCCAGCUCCUGAGGCUCGGUGCAAACCCGACUCUGUUGAACUGCAACCAAGACAAGCCCUCAGACAUUGCUGCGUCAGAGCCUAUAGUUGAUAUGCUGCAGAAUGCAGAGGAGAGCUGGCUGCAGAGACUGGCCGACCCCUCCGCUCCUCUACCCUCCACUGACCAACGCUACGAUGGCGGUUCACACGACCUCAACACUCCUGUCAAGAACCUGAACCCCCUGGGUCUCCCUAUCUCCAAGCGGGACAGUCUGCUGGAGAAGUGUGCCAUGUUCAGAGAGGCAGGUGGAGCACUGAGCCGACAGCCAUCCCAGGACAAUGGCCUAGAUGGACCCUUUAGCUCUGGAGCCAGCAAACUGGAGCAGGUCAAGUUGAUGCCUCCAGCUCCCAAUGAUGACCUGGCAUCCCUCAGUGAGCUGACCGACAGCAGCCUGCUCUACGAGAUGCAAAAGCGCUUUGGCAACGACCAAAUCUACACUUACAUUGGACACAUCCUUCUGCUGGUCAAUCCAAACAAAGAGCUGCCUAUCUACUCCACUUUGGUGAGUCAGCUGUACCUGAGCUCCACAGGUCGUCUGUGCUCCUCUCUGCCACCACACAUCUUCUCCUCAGCAGAAAGAGCCUACCACAUGAUGCUGCAGGAGAGACGCCCGCAGUGUUUCAUCUUAAGUGGUGAAAGUGGUUCUGGGAAAACGGAGGCCUGUAAGCACAUAGUGAGACACCUGACAGCCCGCUCCAGCCCCAAAGGCUUUGCGCUGGAGCCCAGGAUGAAACACGUCAACUGUAUUCUGGAGGCCUUUGGUCAUGCAAAGACUCUAAGAAACAAGAACUCCAGCCGCUUUAUCAAGCUGUUGACCAUUCAGUACUGUGACAAGAGGAGGACACUGCUCAGAGCCCGUGUGUACACCCACAUGCUGGAGAAGUCUCGCCUGGUCCACCUGCGUCCUCACCAGCACAGCUUCAACAUCUUCUAUUUGAUGGCUGAAGGCCUAUCGCCGGAGGAGAACAUUGCACUUUACCUCAACAAUGUCCUGGCUCAUAGGUAUCUUGGUGGAGGACUUCCAGGGGAGAACCCUCCAGUAGCUACAGCCUCUACCCAGAGCAGAGAACGCCUCGCAGCAGUCAAACAGGCCCUGCGAGCCCUGGGCUUCAACAAGCAGGAGGUCGACUCAGUGUUCACGCUGCUAUCUGCUGUGCUCCAUAUUGGGGACCUACGUUUUACUGCAUUGACAGAUGCUGAUACGGCCUUCCCUUCUGACCUGCUGCUGCUGGAGAGAGUUGCUGGACUGUUGCAGGUGUGCUCCAAUGACUUAAGCACUGCCCUUACCUCUGACGUUCAGUACUUCAAAGGUGACGUGAUUACUCGGCGCCACACAGUGGAGAUGUCAGAGCAGUACAGAGACCAACUCGCAAAGGCCAUCUACGGACGCCUCUUCAGCUAUCUGGUCAACAGUAGCAACGACUACCUACACGGACCGGACGACAGCAUUGGUGAUCCUUCCUUGGAAAUUGGGAUCUUGGACAUCUUUGGGUUUGAAGAAUUUCAAAGGAAUGGCUUUGAGCAGCUGUGCGUGAACAUGACCAACGAGCGGCUGAGGCAGUACGUCUCCGAGGUGCUAUUCCAGCAGGAGCAGGCUGAGUGUCUGCAGGAGGGCAUCGCCAUGGAGACCCCACGCUUCCCCGGCAACCAACCAGCCGUUCUGGACUUCUUUCUUCAGAAGCCUCAGGGACUGCUGUCUGUCUUAGAUGAAGAGAGCCAAAGCCUGCGGCCAGCAGAGCAGACCCUGUACAAGAGGCUGUCGACCCAGCUGGAUUCGAAUCCAACUCACGGCCUCUCUCUCACAACCAAGGACGGCAACGGAAACCCCCCACCCAAAGACCAGGGCCCAGCAUUCACUGUCAGCCACUAUGCCGGACAGAUAUCAUAUGACCUCACAGGAUCGCUCACAAGAAACAAGGACUCCCUUCCUCAGAAUCUCUUGUUUACGAUGAAGUCCAGUGAGAGUGUGUUGCUACAGCAGCUCUUCCAGUCCAAGCUGACUCAGACUGGUUCUCUGCUGCCAGCAGUCCAGGGCCGUGCCGGGUUUAGGGGGCCUAAAGCUGCCCUGUUGCUCCACAGGAUGCCAUCAGCCUCCCUUGUCACUGCCAACACUGUCCCCCAACAGCCCAGGAGGUACCAUGACCUUACCAAGAUCUUGAAGAAGAAAGGCUCGAGCUCCUUCCUCCAACGCCUAGAGCGUUGUGGGCCCAUCACAGUGGCUGUCCAGCUGAGGAACUCGCUGUCGGAGGUGAUCAGUAAGCUGCAGGCUUGCACUCCACACUUUGUGGAGUGUGUGCGCCCCAACGCCAGUGGUCAGCCAGACAGUUUUGACAGCUUCCAUGUGUCUACCCAGCUGCAGUACAUCGGGGUGCUUGAGAUGGUGCGCAUGAUCCGUUAUGGAUACCCUGUUCGUCUGUCCUUCCCAGGCUUCCUCAGCAGAUAUAAAGACCUUGUGAUCCCAACUCUGGGAGACAAGAAGAAAUUGUCACCAGAGGAGAAAUGUCGCUCAGUUCUGCAACAGUCCAAACUCCAAGGAUGGCAGAUGGGCAGCAGUAAAGUGUUUCUGAGAUACUGGCAGGCAGACCAGCUCAACGACCGCUGCUACCAGCUUCAUAAAAAGAUCAUCACCUGUCAGAAAGUGGUGCGUGGCUGGCUGGUCAGACAGCGCGUUCAUCGCAGGCUGUCGUUACAGCAGAAAGAGGAGUGCAACGUGCAGCGUUUCCUGCAGGGGGCAGAAGACAUGGGGCUGCGAACCUACGACCAGUUGGUCAUCCAAAAUGCGUCCGACAUUGCAAGAGAGAGCGACCGCCUGCGCUGCCAUGGCAACAGCCUUCUCAACACCCUUGGCAACAGCCCGCCACUUGGUGAGAGGCCUGAGCCAGUGGGCAAGGAGGAGGAUCAGCCUGUCAGGAGGGUUCUGGAGAAAAGUGGGAAAGCCUAUGAGGGCCCUGUCAACGGUGGCAAUCGAGUUAUUCGCCACUUUCGGUCCAGCUCAGUACCCAUCCCACUUGCCAUGGAGAACAUGGUCCUUUCUUCUGCCAGUCAAUCCAUCAAACCAGCCCUGCAGCCGGUAGCUCAUACCAACGAGGAUGGGGCAGGCGGGGUUGGUCUUUCCAGUCCUCGGAAGCAACCUCCUCCCAAACCAAAGAGGGACCCCAACACUCGUCUGAGUGCAUCUUAUGAAGCAGUUAGUGCAGGGCUGAUGAUGGCGGCCAAAGAGAGCCCCACUCCAGAGGGGUAUGGCUCGCCAGCUGGAAGCCCUCCUAAAUCCCAGCUGUCGCCCACAGACCCUGCAGCCUUGUCCAAGCCCCGUCCCCACAGUGAUGACUACACAACCAUGAGGAAGGUGCCACCCCCCAAACCUAAGCGCAGUCCCAACACUAAGCUGACAGGCUCAUAUGAGGAGAUCAAUGCCGUCGCACCCCACAUCCACCAGCUGCGCCCUGCUGAUGUGAAGCUGGCGUUGCUGUCCCGUGCUGGGGGAUUUGGUGGGUUUGGUGGGUUUGGUGGUUUGAUGCAGAAAGCAGCUUCUAUAGAUGCGCCACACGGGGUAGGACUGAGUCUGUACCAGGGCCAAGACGAGGAGGACGUGUACAUAGAGAUGUUGGGUUCCCAGCCACGUGCUCGGAGCCUCCAGGAGCCCCCUGAUAGCCCGGAGCUGGCUGACUCAGAAGCCGUCUAUGAGGAGAUGAAGUAUUUCCCUCAUGAAGAUGGUGGAACUUCUGCUGCUGUAGUUACCAAGGCAGCCAAACUGGAGGCUCUAGGCUUGGGCCUAGUGGGUUUAGGGACAUCUCCUCCUCAGAGCGGGGACACCAAACGGAUGGCAGCAGGGGUGACCGCUGUCAUGGACAUUACUCACUCACAGAACACGUUCAACAGCGGAACUCCCAAAACUCCGCAUGGCAAAGAUGGCAGCUGUGACAUCCCUGCUCCCUUCCCUAACUUGCUUCCCCACCGUCCACCUCUCCUGGUGUUUCCCCCCUCCCCUGUUACCUGCUCUCCUGCGUCAGAUGAGUCACCCCUCACUCCACUAGAGGUAAAGAAGCUGCCUGUGUUUGAGACAAACCUGAACUAUGCUACUGGCCCAGAUAGCCCCCUGUCCCCACAGUAUGCCCGCCAGCGGGCUGACUCCUCCCCUAGCCUCACUGUUCUCAUGCCAGAGAAGAAGUCCACACCUCCACUCACCCCUCCACCUCCACCUCCUCCCCCUAAUGCCCUACCUCCCCCCUACAGACCUCCUUCACACUUUCCCUUCCCACCUGAGGCAAACUUCUUGACUCUGACGCGAGCAGCAUCUGUCACAGGGAGCUCGGACUCCCCCAAAACCUCAUCCUCUCAAAGAGCAAGUGGGGAACCACUGGGGAAGCCACCUCCCUACUCCCCAGUGAAGGUGUCUCGUCCUGAGCCACGGAGAGCCCACUCGUGCUCCUCCUCUCCCCUGCUGUUCAACCCAGCCAAUGGCAGACCCCUGACUAGCCCCCUGGAUGAGCUCAACACCCUGUUCAGCUCUGGACGCAGCCUGUUGAGGAAGUCCACAUCUGGCCGCAAGAUGAGAGACGGAGGAUUCAAUUCUAAUAUCAAUCUGCCAGGGAGGGAAGAAUGUGGCUCUGCCCCCACUUCACCUUCUCUACAGCUUCAGGACAAGAACGCCAACAACCACUCUCCUCACUCCCCAAGCCCUGCCCCCGUAGAGAACGGCAAUCAGAUCUCCAACGGGUCGCUGGAGGAUGAGAGUCACAGCAAGUCAAACUCCUCCAGCUCCACUUCUCUGCACAGACAUAUGGACAGCCAUCAUACUCAGGUGUUCCAGCGGUUACGUCUGUCUAACGGGGACGAGAGUGCCGCCCUUGGGGAGCUUUUGCGAUGGAGGCGAGCGCAGUGUGAGGGGCGGGGUGACUGGAAGCACCGUCCGCCUCAGUCCCCACCCCUGCCCCCCACGCUGCUCUGGACAAACAGGAAGGCCUCUCCAUGACAGAGGUUGUGUUCCCUCUCUUUCUCUUCAGCCACACUCACAUAUGCUCUUUUUUUUUUUUUUAUGGACCAAGUAACCUCAGAGCCCAGGGACUAGGUUAAAGCUCCAAGCCCCAAAGCAUGAGCCUCGUCCCUGGGCUGAAGGUCCUGCCGCUGCGCCUUUGACCUCGACUGUGGAGGAUUCCCCAAAUUAUAUGAAAGGAGCUCAGCACUCUGUGACACUGACUGCUGCCUGUGAAAAAUGAGUGAAACAGAUAGACACAGUAGAGGUUCAUGGGGAGCAGCGUUUUUGUUUUUUAUGAUCAAUGAUUUUAUUAAAUAUAAGAGACAGACAGAAAAAUAAAGAUGACAUUAUUAUUUAUUUUUCAGUUCUUCUGAGACAAAGGUAUUAGGUCUAUCAAUGGGAGGCUGAAUAAAAGAGCAGACUAGCAGUGUUUUCAUAGUAGUCAGAUAUGAAAUGGUCCCUUUAGUCCGUCUGAAUCCGAGCCUAUCAUGUUGUUCUGAGCUCCACCCCAAAACAUGGUGCUGAUUAUACUUGACGUGAUGUCCUGUGACGUUCCCAUGAGUGUGUGUGCACCCCCAGAGUCUCAGAUCUCUCUGAAGUUUACAAGUCAACCAACGCCUUCGGACCCCUCCAGUUUUUUGCAUCAGUGUACUGACCUAGACAUGGGACCUUUUCAGGUACACAGCUCUCAUUUAGCGUCUCACGUUUGGGCUCUAAGUGCUACUGCAGCCCUGGCAACAAGCGACCAGGGGUCAGGGUAACCUCAGUAUAAUAUCCCAAGGUGCACUUCUCUUCCCCAUUGUUACCACCAGCCUUUGAGGAACAGAAACCUCUGGCCAAAAUGCAAACUACUGCACUAACCUUUACUAGUAAAAAAGAGGAUCCAACAAAAAACAACCUGCUUUGGUUUAAGAUAUAAAGGUAAAGCUAAAAUAACAGCUUUAGCUGACAGGUAUAUAGUUCAUGUUGUGAACAUGAAACUCUGUGCCAAAGUGACACAACUUGUGAAAGAUAUGUCUAAACAGUUAUUAUUAUCAGUUAUACAAAAUGAUGUAUACAGUAGUCCCCAUAUACUCAUAUGUACAGACUGACAUAAAUGACCAAAUCAAAACUGUUACUGCGGUUCAGUGAGUGAUAUAAUGGACCGUUUCUAAACAGAUCAAAAGAAGAGGAAAAAAACAACAGUCUACACUUGAAAAGUAGCGACUUAACUCUCAUUGUGUCUCAUUGUGUCUCGUCAACAUCUGAACAGUUUCAUGUGUUCAGUGUUGUUCAGGAAACUGUGCAGAGCUCAGGAACUCACGCACAGAUGAACUCUAUUCUUGUACAGAUUCUUCCACCGGGGGGUUGUGUCCUCCCUUCAUCUCUUUCCCCCCCACUUGACCCAAACAAGCAGACCCAUGUCUGCCUCUUGGUCUUUGACCCUGCCCCCACCUUCCUAAUGGAUCAAACCGGCUCUACGGGUGUCUCCAUGGUAACCGCUCUGUAAAUACUGACCAGUGUUGUAUGUUCUGGCUUUUACUAUAGCAGAAAAGCACAGAGAUCGAAUUGAAAGACGAAGAAGAGAUGAGAUAAUACUGUCUAUGAUGGUGAAACUGAGAUUUAAGAAUGUCUUGGGUUAGAUGCAAUGAGGUAAAGAGAAGAGGUUUAUUUUAAAAUGUGAAUAUCUUUUUUUCAGAAUGAUUGUCUAUGGCUAUGAAAUUCUUUAUACUCUAUUUAACAUUUGUUUUUUUCCCUCUUGACCCCUGUUGUUCUGUUCCUAUGAUGCAAGGCAGAUGUUUUCAUUGUAUAUGGAUGUUUUAUUGCACAAUAUUUAUGUGGUGUCGUGUUGACUUCUGUAAUGGGCUGGGUGUGUCUCCACAAGCUGUUUGAUCUUUGAAGAUCAGUCUGAAUUGUUAGAGCCGCAAGGUAUCAAUAGCUCUAAUUGAUUUCUCAUUCCCACUGAUCAUCCACAAUGUGUCUGAUUGAUUCGGGCUUACGAAUUAGCAGCACCAUCACAGGAUCGAUCUCAGCUGCUGUCGGUGCAUGAAGGUGCACAAAUAUUCAAGAGAAAUUAGAGGCCACUGAUAUUCACAACAGAGAUGGCAAAUCAGCUGAGCUGCAUUUUUUGACUGACUGGCUGAAUGUAUAAAUACAUAUUUUUCUUUCACUGCCUGUGCACAUCAAUGAAACCCUGUGUAUCUUAUUACUGGAAAAUGCAUCUGUAUCUAAACAGUGUACCUGACUGCUUAAUGUGAUUGUUGUCUUCAGAAGUUAUGUAUGCAGUCCAUUUUUUUAAAGCAAGUUAAUAACAAUGCAGCAUUUCUUAAUAGGUAUAGAUUUCCUCCAUGAUUCACACCUGCUGGGAUUGAGGUUGCAUGAGUAGUUACUGCAUUGCAGAACCAUGUCGAACAUUUUCAUCAUAGUAUGAUUCAGCUCAUUCACACAAGGAUUUAAACUUAUCUGUGAUCAAACAAAAUAGAAAGGAACCAAGAUCAAGCUAAUCAAACCUUGCCAAUGCCAAUGAAAGAUAAUUUAUAGCCUCUGUAUUGGUCCUUCGUAAUUUUUAUAGUUUUGUGUAUUACCGUGUUUACUGAAAUCAUGAAAUGAGGAGAUUGAUUGUUUGUUUUUUUUGUCUUUUAAAGCAUAUGUGCUUUUUUACCUUGCAUGACCACAGGUGGGCCCGGCCUGCUAUAACAUGCUCAUGCUGAAAAGAUUAAAAUGUCUGUCUGAUGUGAAGAACUGCUUCCCACGGCACUGUGAAUCACCGCACUGUCCCCUGUCUCUCACCUAAACACUCGUCAUACAUUUACAUCCACCUUUAACAAGGCCGUCCCACGCACAUAUCAACUCCAUCAUAUACAAUCCCUGAUGACCUCGCUCAGUCUGUCGUAAGCGUUACCAAGCUCUGGCAGCCAGAUUACUGCCAGUCAUAGUUGUUAGUCAGGAAUCUAAAAAUCCUCUGCUCUGAGAUCAGCUCUCUGGUGCUACAGCCAGUACAGAAUGGCCAUUUUAUUGUCCCCAGUCCAUGUAUAGUUGUCCAGAGAGACACAAUACCUUAGCACCUAAACAGGGGUAUCUCACUGCCUUUCAUAAUGUUGUUUUUUAUUGUAGUCUUUCUUUUGUACAUGACAUACAGUAUAUUUUAACCUGCAUACAUAUGUGUUUGUGGAAAGAAAAAAGAUUGUAUGUGAUAUUUCAUAAUUAUUAUCUUCCCAAUGUUUUAUAAGUACUGUACAUGUACAGCAAUAAAGCACAAUUGUGUCAA